AUGGCAGACGCAGUCGCAGUCGCAGAUCGCGAUAAUGACCCUCUCCCUCACACACCUAUUGGCGUUGACCGCGACGACUCACCGUCAGGUCCAUUUCACGAGGACCAACAGCAGCAGCAACAACAACAACACAGAAGAAGAGGACCCGUGCUCUCGCGCACCGUAAGCAACUCCAGUCGUCCGCGCGAAGCUACCGAGCUCGACGAAAUCAUCAGUCCUAGUACCCCCUCCACAGCAUCCAUAUCAUCCGACGAAUACCGCUCUACGCCGCGACAGAGUGUCCACGAGGCCCGCAGUAUUGCCGCUUCGUCUGCUAGUAGUACAACGAAACAGCAUUUUCAAGCGCUGAGACGGUUUUGGGCACGGCAUGUCACUUUAAACGUUCCUCAGAAGGGGAAUAGGGACUAUUUCGCCCUGGAAAGAACAUUCCUAGCUUACAUGCGCACAGCAGCCACUUUCUCUAUGCAAGGGGUUCUUGUCGCACAAAUCUUUCGUCUGAGGUCCCAAAGCCAGAGCAGCAACCAUCCUGCGCAUCUCAGUUUCCACUCUGUCGGUGUUCCCAUAAGCGUUGCAUAUCAGGUGUGCGCAAUCCUCGUGGCGCUUGUGGGCGCAUACCGGUUUUGGAGACAGCAGAAUGCGAUUGCCAGGGGGAAGAUUGUCUCUGGGGGCUGGGAGGUGAAUUGUGUCGGCUAUAUUAGCGCUGCUCGCAAUAGCGAUUGCGAUUACUGUUGA